UUAUUUUGUUGAUCGUUGAUUGCUUCUGUUAAACUCUUCUGGGUUUUAUAGUUUAUUGUUUUUCAUCAAUGUUUUACCGAUCUUGCUAUUAAUUGUUAAAUUUGAACUGACCCAUUCAUGUGUCUAUGGUGUUUGAUAUGUAAAUUUAGUUAAUGGGUACGAUUUUCACUUUAUUUAUAUUCGCAAGUAGUUGAUAAUAUUACUUAAUUGAAGGGGAAACUCGGCUUAUAUUAUGCUGAGAAUUGAAUGCUGAAUGCAGGUUUUGAGGAAAAGUGUGAAUAGGGAAAGGGAAGCUUCAGUUGCGAUGGGGUUAGACAAUCAUGGUGCUCAGUAUCUUAAUAUAAAUGAAGAACCAUCUUCUCCUAGGGUGGAUAAUAUUAAGAAAGUAUCAGUUUUACCUCUUAUUUUCCUCAUUUUCUAUGAGGUUUCUGGGGGUCCUUUUGGCGUUGAGGAUAGUGUGGGGGCAGCUGGUCCUCUUUUAGCUCUUCUCGGCUUCUUGAUCUUUCCACUCAUAUGGAGUGUUCCUGAAGCAUUAAUUACUGCUGAGAUGGGUACCAUGUUCCCUGAGAAUGGUGGUUAUGUGGUUUGGGUUUCAUCUGCCUUAGGUCCCUAUUGGGGGUUUCAGCAAGGUUGGAUGAAAUGGCUAAGUGGGGUUAUUGAUAAUGCUUUGUAUCCGGUUCUGUUUCUUGACUACUUGAAGUCAGGUAUUCCGGUGCUAGGUGGUGGUUUACCUAGAACCUUUUCAGCAUUAGGUUUAACUGCUAUUCUCACUUUCUUGAACUAUAGGGGUUUAGUCAUUGUGGGAUGGGUUGCUAUCCUUUUAGGGGUUUUUUCACUUCUUCCUUUCAUAGUUAUGGGACUUGUGGCAAUCCCAAAGUUGGAGCCUUCAAGAUGGCUUGUGGUGAAUCUACAUGACGUGGAUUGGAAUUUGUAUUUGAACACUCUUUUCUGGAAUCUAAACUAUUGGGAUUCGAUAAGUACAUUAGCUGGGGAGGUGGAUAACCCAAAGAAGACUCUCCCAAAGUCUCUGUUUUAUGCAGUGAUCUUGGUUGUUGUUGGGUAUUUCUUCCCCCUUCUUAUUGGUACAGGUGCUGUUCCACUUAAUCGUGAGCUGUGGACUGAUGGUUAUUUUUCAGACAUCGCAAAAUUGCUUGGAGGAGUUUGGUUGAGAUGGUGGAUUCAAGGGGCUGCAGCAAUGUCAAAUAUGGGUAUGUUUGUGGCUGAGAUGAGCAGUGACUCUUUCCAACUUUUGGGGAUGGCUGAGCGUGGAAUGUUGCCUGAGUGUUUUGCUAAGAGAUCCUGUUAUGGAACUCCCUUGAUUGGAAUUUUAUUCUCGGCGUCUGGUGUGAUUCUGCUGUCAUGGCUGAGCUUUCAAGAGAUUGUAGCUGCAGAGAAUUUCUUGUACUGUUUUGGCAUGAUUUUGGAGUUUAUAGCAUUUGUACAAUUAAGGAUGAAAUAUCCAGCUGCUUCUCGUCCUUACAAGAUACCCAUUGGGACAGCUGGAUCGAUUCUUAUGUGUAUUCCUCCAACCAUAUUGAUUUGUGUUGUGUUGGCUUUUUCUUCGCUCAAAGUUGCUGCUAUAAGCCUUGGUGCUGUGGUGAUUGGCCUUGUGAUGCAACCUUGUCUGAAGUAUACCGAGAGAAAGAGAUGGAUGAAAUUCUCCACCAAUGCGAACCUCCCAGAUUUUCAUGGCCAUAGCCAAGAGAGUUCUAAUGCACUAAUAGAGUAACAAAUCCCAGCUAAAGUUUGAGAGGCUAAGAAUCAAGACGUAGUACAAUAUUGCUAAGUGGCCAACAUCGAAUCCCUUGUCACGUGGUAUCAAGGUUAGAACAAUAUCUGUGACAAGUAAGCCACAGUUUCUUAUUUAUAAACAAAUGUGCCUAUUUAAUUGUGUAGUGAUAAAUGGCAACAGCUGUUCAUCAUCUUUGGUUUUUGAGUGAUGAUAGACGGAAAUGGUCAUUGAACAUUUUGAAAUAUCCAACAUUAGUAUCAUAAGAAAUCAUGUUAGUGUUCAGUAGUUUGUUUUACAACGUAUGGCAAUGUAAUUUCAAAUAAGACGAACCCUGUGAAAUUGUAGAUUUGGUAAUCGUUGCUACAUGCUUAUUCCUUUUAGAACUA